GCGCCGGGCUCGAGCGCCUCCCGCCGCCGUCCCCGCUGUGGAGCGGAGCGGAGCGGACGGGAAAGGUCCUUUCCCCGCUCCUGGUGCAAGCCCACGUUCCCGGCUGCGGUGGCGAGGGGAGGGGAGAGGGAAGACCGGAGACCUGCGCGGGGAGGACGCGCCAGCUGGCAGAGAGGAGGGCGCGGAGGCAGCCCCGUCACGAGAGGAGGCGGUGGCGGGGAGGAGGAGGAGAAGGAGAAGCCGGCGCGGAGCCUCGCCUCCCCUCACCACAGCUCCUUCGCCGUUACAGUUUCGCCGUCCCUGGCCGCCGGAGGUACCGGCGGCCGCCCGUCCUCAUGAUGGCCUCAACCACCAUCUGCACCCGGUUCACCGACGAGUACCAGCUCUUCGAGGAGCUCGGGAAGGGAGCGUUCUCAGUCGUGAGAAGAUGUAUGAAAAUCACCACAGGACAAGAGUAUGCUGCCAAAAUAAUCAACACCAAAAAGCUUUCAGCUAGGGAUCACCAGAAACUGGAAAGAGAAGCUAGAAUCUGUCGCCUUUUGAAGCAUCCCAAUAUUGUGCGGCUUCAUGACAGCAUAUCAGAAGAAGGAUUCCAUUACUUAGUCUUUGACUUAGUCACUGGAGGUGAAUUGUUUGAAGACAUAGUUGCAAGAGAAUACUAUAGUGAAGCAGAUGCCAGUCAUUGUAUACAGCAGAUUCUAGAAAGUGUUAAUCAUUGUCAUCUAAAUGGCAUAGUUCACAGAGACCUGAAGCCUGAGAACUUACUUUUAGCUAGCAAAUCCAAGGGAGCAGCAGUAAAACUGGCAGACUUCGGAUUGGCUAUAGAAGUGCAAGGAGAGCAACAGGCUUGGUUUGGUUUUGCUGGUACUCCUGGAUACCUUUCUCCAGAGGUGUUACGAAAAGAUCCUUAUGGAAAACCUGUGGAUAUGUGGGCAUGUGGUGUCAUUCUGUAUAUCCUUCUGGUGGGAUAUCCACCUUUCUGGGAUGAAGACCAGCACAGGCUUUACCAGCAGAUCAAGGCUGGUGCUUAUGAUUUUCCCUCACCAGAAUGGGAUACAGUGACUCCUGAAGCAAAAGACCUUAUCAAUAAAAUGCUUACCAUCAACCCAGCAAAACGUAUCACAGCAUCAGAAGCACUGAAGCAUCCAUGGAUCUGUCAACGUUCUACUGUUGCCUCUAUGAUGCACAGACAAGAGACUGUAGAUUGCUUGAAGAAAUUCAAUGCAAGAAGAAAACUAAAGGGGGCCAUUUUGACAACCAUGCUGGCUACCAGAAAUUUCUCAGCAGCGAAGAGUUUACUGAAAAAGCCAGAUGGAGUUAAGGAGCCCCAAACUACAGUAAUCCACAACCCUGAUGGAAAUAAGGAAUCCACAGAGAGUUCCAAUACAACCAUUGAAGAUGAGGAUGUGAAAGCUCGUAAGCAGGAGAUUAUCAAGGUUACUGAGCAGUUGAUUGAAGCUAUCAACAAUGGGGACUUCGAAGCUUACACAAAAAUCUGUGAUCCUGGCCUUACAUCUUUUGAACCUGAAGCUUUGGGUAAUCUAGUAGAAGGGAUGGACUUUCACCGGUUUUACUUCGAAAAUGCUUUGUCCAAAAGCAAUAAGCCAAUCCACACCAUUAUCCUCAAUCCUCACGUGCACCUGGUGGGCGACGACGCGGCUUGCAUUGCAUACAUCCGGCUGACGCAGUACAUGGAUGGCAGCGGGAUGCCAAAGACCAUGCAGUCGGAGGAAACGCGAGUCUGGCACCGUCGCGACGGGAAGUGGCAGAAUGUUCAUUUUCACCGGUCAGGGUCACCAACAGUACCUAUCAAGUAAGAAACAAUUCAGACCACAAGCUUAAACUAUGUAGGACAGACCAAAUAGUCUAAUAGCUGCUUUUGGCCUUAAAAACCAUGAAGCCGUCCUCUUGAAAGUGUAAUUUCUUGUGGUCAUUUCUUCAGUGUGUAUUAUAUUUAGUAGUGUGCAUAUAGUGUUGGUGCAAAUAUUUUUAAAUUAAUGCUGUUUAAUUGUUUUCAACUGUGAUGCCCAUUGAUCCAAUUCAGUCCCUGAACUGACAGCUUGAAGAGCAGAAAAAUCUUUUCACGUGAAUAAGGCUCAAUACAAGUCACAGAAAAUAGGAUUGGAAGUCCUGAAAUAGAAUUUCAGGAAAACUCAGAAAAAAAUGAAAGGCACUAGGAUACAUGGAGCUGUUAGAGCUGGCCAGAGAGCUUCAAGGAAAAAAGUAUCAUUGUUCUGAAGAACUGGAGCUUGAGUUAACAUUUAUUGUGAUUUCCUGCCACCUCUACUUAUUCAGGCCUAGUUAACUUCACUCCAAGUCAAUUUUGAACCAGGUCACGUAUUUACUUAGUAAAUUAAGUCAUACAAGUACCUAUAAUGUUCUUAUCUCUUUUUCCACAUUCUUUGCUUAACUGCUGAGUAGUCACUGUGAAAGCUAAGACAUGUGUGAGUAAACCUCACGUCUCUCCCAUCAUCAUUUUUCUCUUCUCUGCACACCCUGUCAUAUCCUUGGAGUCAUGCCACAACUCAGUGUGCACAAACCUGAAAUCAUUGAGCUAGAUUUCCAGCAGUGUAAAUUACAAUAUGUUUGUAGUUCCAGUAACAAGUCAGAGAGUCAUAGCUUCUUCAAGAGGUUUUGCUCAAGUCCUUUCCUUUCCCUCUUGCAGCCUUUGCUAAUGCUGCCGUGUCCCUUACAGCCGAACCUCACUGACUUCUGCCUUAGACUAGGCUGUUUCCAAACUUAGGCAGUGCUACAGGCCUUGGUUUGCUCAGGUGCAAGCCCUCUGCAUAGGAUAUAAUCACAUUCAUGUGAAGUGUCUUCAUGUGGAGAGUGGCUGAAUUUCCUGGUGUAGAUAAGAGCUUAUAUUUCAUUGUCCCCUGUUUUACUUCUUGCAAUGCUAAUGUCUUGUAUUAAGUAAAACCUGAUACAGUAAGGAACAUGAUGAAAUGAAGUGUUAAACUUCAAUGGCGAUUAAUUUAUUUUUUGAAAAGUAGGGGAAAAAAUGAUUACCUAGUGAUAAUUAUUGUAUUUUACUUAAAAACAGGAACCUGUCUUGAUCAGGAAUCAUGUUGUUUAUCACAUUCCAGCUGCACUGCCAAUGUUUAAAAAGAUAAUGUUGAAAGGAUAGCUACAUUUUCUUGAAAUUCAGUGUGAUAUAGACUGAUCAUGUUUUCAUAUCGGGAGUGUUUUGUCAAGGCAUCUGACCUGGUAUUUGUAGAGACAGAAAGCAGAAGUGAAGCAGGUUCACCUGUCCCAGUGCAGCCCAGACAGCAUUUAUAGAAGAAUUAUAUGAAUGGGCCUAAAGAAUUCUUUCAUUUUUUUCUUUUGGGUGUAUUUUUCCCCAUCGUUUAUUUAAGAAGGCUUGGAGGAGUGGUCACAUUUUUUUUUUAACUUUACCAUAUUUAUAUGAAACAAUUUCUAAACAGAAAAGAUUAUGUAUAACACUCAUUGUGAGACACCAAAACAGAAGGCAACAAAAUAGCCAUCUUGUUAAUAUUUUCAUGGAAGAUUGUAGAAUUUGCUGAGUAACUCCUGUGAUAAUUAUUUGAGUAAUACUUAUAGAGAUACACUGAGUAACUUCUGCAGAUGGUUCUCUUUGAGGUACAGUGUUAUAACAGCAGCCUUAAUACUUAGUUGACGUAGCAUGUACAUAGCAUGUGACAGGCCACUGUGUGCUGUGACACAUGCUGUGACACAUACUGUUCCUAUGAACAAUUGCCAGAGGUAGUUUUUUCUGGAAUAUAAAGGGUGUGUACAUGCCACAGAGCAACUCCUGGCCCUUCAGACUUGCACGUCUCAAGAGAAUGCAGUCAUGCCCCUCAGAAGCAGUGACAGUGUUUAGGGCUUGUGUAAUGUCAGGUUUUUGUGGCUGCUCCCAGUCUCUAAUGAAGACAGGAAUUUCUAGGACUGCUAAGGAUGGAAGGGAAAGAACUUGAGAGGUAAUUUUUUUGACAUGGCAGGGUUCUGUCAAUGUCAGUGAGUGUUCUGAGCCUAUGAGGUCAGACAGAAGAGAUUUCAGGUUUGUGAGAGGGUUUCCAAGCUGAAAAUGUCACAGAAGGAGGUGUAGCAGCAAAAAACGAAUAGAGCAUGGCUAAGACUCAAGGAGAGAUGCUCUGAGAUUAUAACUUAGUCCUAGAUAUGUAGCCUCUAGCGCUCUCAACAACGUCACAGAAACCCUUUACUUAAACCUUAUCUUGGAUUCCAAGGGGGUUUUUGGACUUGCUCAUAUCACUGUUCUGAAAUAUCAUUGGUCUGGUGGUUAGAAAGUUCCAGUCUUAAUUUUAGUCUUAUUCGGUGUAUCCUCAGUUAUUCUUAUUUCAUUGUUGUUCUCCUGUACUGGGGAUAGGUGUGCAGACAGGAGCUGGUUUAUAUAAAGGCUGAUUAGAUCACUUCCUACCUUCUAUUUGUGCAGUGUAAAUAAACAAUACUAACUUGGCUUUUUGUGACAGGAUCUCCAUUUUCCUGACUACCUUAAUAACGCUUCACUGUCUUUUUUGGUUUGAGGUUUGUCUUUUCAUUAGUUUGGGUUCUUCUGAAACACUGUCUACAAUUGUGGUCAGGGCUUUAUUUAACUUCACCACGUCUUUUCUUUUCCCUGUUGAGAAAGCCACACCUGUUAUGUUUGCACUUUUGCAAUCUACAUCACAUCAGUGGAUCCUCUAAGACAGUCAUAUAUUUAUCCUUAACUGUUGUGUCCAACCAGUGAGUGCAUAGCCUGCGGCUUUGAGUGUGCAACUGUUGAGUGUUCAGCUUUGUACCUCCUGUAAUGACAUGUAACGUUUCUGGAUUACCCAGCCCUCAAGGUUAUUUGAUGGCUCUUGCACAAUACUCUUGUUUUCCUUUGUAUUUAUAGUGCCUUCCACCUAAGUGUAAGUAUACUGUGUGUAAGGACAGCCCUACUGCUAUUGCUUAGGCCAUUAGCAGAGACUCAUGAGUCUCCCCUGGGCCAAUCAUUCCCCUUUCAGCCCAAGGCAUUGGCGUUUUUCUCAAAUUUAACUGGUAGGUUCCCAUGUUACACCAUGCUAAAACUUGCCUUCUAUAACCCAUCUUGACCAGACUGACUUGAACUUCACCUUUGCAUUUCCAGCAUACCAAUAACUAUUUUGGAAAGCUGCAGAAGAAAUUUAAUUGAAAUAUCAUUGUCUGUUGUCCUUCCAUUCUUUUCUCAUAUUUGAAGUUUAUACAGUCUACAGACAUUUAUUUCAUUCUUAACAAUGACCAGUAGUUAAUAAUGGCACUUCCAUUAUAAAAAUUACCUUACACAGGAUAUCUGAAGAAGAAUUUCAAAACUAAUAAGCUUGCAAAAGCAAUUGUAGCUGUGUUUGACUUUUGCAAAUGUAAUGUCCUAAAUGAUGUCAAAUCAGUUGUUGUUAGCACAGUCGCUUAUUUGUUUUCAGGACUAUGUAAGGAGUAUAUAGAUAUUGUAAGGAUGGAACUGAGCUCAUUGGUAGCUGUAAGUAAAUGGAAAUGUUUCCUUACGGCAGUUAAUUUGUUUGGACAACAAUAUAAGCACAAAUGUAUAUUUAGUUUAUUAAAAAACUAUAUUUGUCGUUUUUGCUGCGAGUCAUGCAGCCAAACUUUGGUUUCUAUCUUGUGCAUUGUUUCUCUCUGAGUGAUAUGACUGGUGUGAUCUUAGGAAGUUUUUAUCUGUAUUUCACGUUCUUAAGAAUUUGUGCUCAUGUGUUUCUACAGAUCUGUGUCUGCAUCCACACAAAGUGGGACCUGCAUGAUACAGGCAGGGAAAGGGCUAUUGGACCUAAAACCUAAAUUCAGAUAUGAGGCUCCCAGGCUUAUAUUUCCUCACUUACCACACCUUACACCUUCUUAGGCUUUCAUAAGUUGAAUACCAAACAGCAGGAAGACUUCAGUAAAGAGUUUGUUCUGUGUUUAUACAGUGCCUAGCACAGCGGGAUCCCACUCACGACUUCGGCCCCUAGAUGCUACGCUAAAAAUAUCAGCGGUGCCGCUCUUGCAUUUUCUGUACCCAACGCACCUGGUUGAUUACCAUCUUGGCCAUCCUGUUCUCUUCAUGCAUGUUUCUGAGUGCAUGAAGUUGUGAAGGUUCUUCAUGUAACACAUUUGUGAUGCACCAUGUUACUGUGUAUUCCAUCUGUACACUGUUAACAUUUCAAUGAAGGUGAUAUUCCAUGCAAAUAGAGAUAAUAAGGAAUAAAAGACAACAAAAAUAUUUGAUGGACAGCAGUAGAUACUGAAUACACUUGUCACUUGCUCCAUUUAUGCCAAGUUUUGACAGACAACUUUAAAAACUAUGCUGUUUAUUAAAAAAAAGGAAAAAAAAAAGAAAAAGUACAUUUUGCCCUCUUUUUUUUAAGAACUGGUUUUUGACUGUUCCUCUUCCCCUGAGUCCCAGGAUUUUGCUUUGGUUCUGGUAGGAACAGUUAGGAUUUCCGCUGGCAGCUCCAUUACUGUAAAUCAGGUUUUUAUUACAACAUGUAGAUGGACAAAAUCGCAGAUCAAUGUGGAAGUGAUAGUAUCUUGGCUUUAUACCUAGCUGAAGCCUUCUUAGUUUGUUAGUCUAUGUAAACUGGAAAAAUCUCAUCAUUUACUGGCUUGUCACUUCAGAAUUAACUACGUUCUGGAGAGCCAACAGCUUCUUUUCCUCUUUUGAGACUCUACCUUUGCUACUAUGCUAAUGGAAAAUGUCUAUUAGAUGAUUGAGCAAAAUCAAAAAUUGUAAGGAACCAAGUGACAAUUGAGAGGUGGGUUUUGAGGAUUAAAAUGGAAGAGUAGAGAAAGUUUUUUAUCACUUCUAGGAACAUACCAUAAUUUUUUUAAAGAGGCUUUAAAAACAAAAUUUUGGUUAAGAUGUAGACCAGUUGUGUGGUUAAUAUACUCGAGAAAUAUUAGGCCUUAAAAGCUUAGUGUGAGGAAUUUACUUAGCUUACACUGCUGCUGUUGCUUCUCUGGAAAUGUAUUAUAGAUACGCCAGUUUUCUAAGAAGACUCUUAACACUUCACCACAGAUUUGUUUCUCCCCGAUCUUUCCCUUCAAUCUGCUCUUGGUUUCUUUAAACUCUCCAACAACGUUACAAUAUCAAGGAGAACAAUCUUUGCAGCGUUGCCAGCUUGGUUUGGCCCCUGAUGUGUGGCUGCCCAGGGAACACUCUCGGUGUCAGUUCAGAACACAAACGUUGUAACAGGGAUGAUUUUUGCUUCCUGUAUGUUGCUGCUAAAAUACAUCUUUGCAAGCAUUUAGGUUUCUUCCCUCACAUUUUUUAAUAGGAAACAUACAAGGAUAGGUUAUUUCUUUUCUUUCGUUUGUGUAUUGUUCUGUUACCCACAGGGCUAAGUGUUUUCUGCAGCGCUGUACAGUGCAUGGUAUUUCAGUCAAUGUCCUUUUUAGCAGUUACAAAUUUACAACUCGGCAGCCUGAAAUUUUUAAAAUUGGAAAGCUACCGAAUCACUUCACCUUUCUGUGUUGAUUACUAAGCAAAAGCAGUUCUUAAACAUUUUGAUGUUGUUACUCGUGGAUGUAUGGUAGAUGGAUUUAAGCUUCUCUGAUAAUUACAUGAUUUUAAACAAUAUAUAUUUAAAAUAAGCAUCUACAAUAAAUGUGUUGAGCCAUAUUAACCUGCCAUUGGGAUCUGUGAAAAAAGUAAUGGCCUCAUUUUUUUUUUUCUCAUUAAUUUCUUUACCCUUUUUGUGAAGCGGCUCUAAGUGGCAUAACUGUAUUUAAAAUUAACAAAUUUAGGUGUAGGGUGUUUUUUUUAAUACUUCUAACAUAGCAUGUGGUGUUGAUGUAUUACUGUAGACCAAGUUUGUCUUCCACACCAAGCCGUGAGGAAAUUGUGAUUUGUUCUCUCCACCACAAUGGAAUUAUACACUUCUGUCAUUUUGGAACACUGCAGUUUACCAUGGGACACAGUGUACAUAUUUCUUGCCAUAAUGGUAAAUGAUUGAUAUAUUU